AUUCUUUGCCCACAACCAGAGAGAGAGAAAGAGAAGUAGCGAGUGAGUGAGAUAGAAAAGUUGAAAAGAGAAGAUGCGAGUGAGUGACUGAGGAGAUAGAGUGAAGAGGAUUAAAGAGUUAAGACUGAGAGGUUUUGAAGAAAGAUCAUAUCGAAGGAGAGAAGCAGAGAUGGUGAAAAACAAAGCUUUUUUUGGUCAGAUUAUGGAAGAAAGAGAUAAUCCAGCAUUCUUCAAGAUUCUUCGAAGGGAAGAUCAUUCGACUGAAAUGAUGAGAAUGAUUCCUCAUCACUUGAUAAGAAGCAUCUCCGACAAGUCUUCAUCGUUUAAGAUGGUCUUAAGAGUACCAUGGGGAAGGUCAUGGCAAGUUAAAAUCUCCAAGAACCCAAAUUUUCACUACAUGGAAGAUCGUGGAUGGAACCAGUUUGUGAAUGACAACGGUUUGGGUGAAAACGAGUAUCUUACUUUCACUCAUGAGGCAAAUAUGUGCUUUAAUGUAACCAUAUUCGAGGCAGAUGGUACGGAGAUGCUUAGACCAAGAAAAACCAUUACUUCUAGUUCCGGUCGGAACAAGAGAGAAGAGAGGAAGAGCAUCUACAAAGAUGUGAAGAAGGAAGAAGAGAUAGAGUCUUGGUCUGAAUCGAGCCAUCCUUGUCACAAAACAGCUGAAUCUACAAGUGGGAGAUUGACGCAGAAACAGGAGCUUAACUUGAGAAAGAAGGAAGCCGAUAAAACCGAAAAAUCCAAGACGAGUAAGAAGAAGAAGGUGGAAACUGUUAGUAACGACUCUGAAGCCGGUACUUCAUCUCUUAUUCCAGAAUUCAAGCUCACCAUAAAGAAAUCACACCUUCUGUUCUUGGGGAUCCCAAAGAAAUUUGUGGAUAUGCAUAUGCCAACUGAGACAACGAUGUUCAAGAUUCAUUAUCCGAGAGGAAAGAAGUCAUGGGAUGUUACAUAUGUGGUCACUGAUGUACAAUCAAGAUUCUCUGGUGGAUGGAGUCGUUUGGCCAAGGAGUUAGGUUUACUGGUCGGAGAUGUUUGUACGUUCAAGCUCAUCAAACCGACAGAGAUGCGUGUGAAAGUCUCCAAAGAAUAGACACCAUGACGAUGAUGAUAUUUUAGGUGUAGUUGCAGAAUUAGUGAAGAACUUCGGAACAAGAUUAUGGUCUGUGAUUCAAUGUUAGGACUAAUUUUAUAAUUUUGUUUUUCUACUUACUACUUAGGUUUGAUUUGUAUCCCAAUGAUGAAUCUGAACUCCGUUUGAGUA